AACAAGCAACCAUGAAAGCAAUCCUCAACCCAAGAAACCUACAGACGACCGUCAAGUUCACAUCUACUAUCCAACGACCAUUCUCAAUUUCAUCGAACCAAUAUCAAGAUGAACAAGUUAAGGCCAAAGGAAUCACCCCACAGAAGAUCUCAAUCUUGAAGAGGCAAGCCGUUGCAAAUGCCGAAGCCAGCUACGAGAGUUUACCCCCGAUGACGAGUGGAUUCGAUCAACUGUCGAUAAAAGAGCCCAAGAGCUUUCUGCGACCGAGGAUCCAUCUGAGCAGUCUACCUAAGCUGGCUCUCAAGCUGACCAGGCCGGCUAAGGAGACGGAAGCCUAUGGGAUAAACUUUGGAGUGCUCCCCAGGAGUCAGCCAAUGCCCCAGGAGCGGACUGUUCCUGAACAGAAGCCGGUCUCGUUGAUCGAUCAAGCCCUGAGGUCCCGGCCUACCGAGCCCCAGCUCGCUGAAUACCAAGACUCGAUUAGUGCUGACCCCUCAGAGGAGACCAAGGCUCGCAAGACGGAGUUCGGCACGUCCAACAACGACCCUUCCUGUCACAACGCCUCUUCCGACCUCCUCGUCGUCUCCCACAAAAAACUUCAAAAACUCGCCGACCUCAUCAACCGACAUCGGAUGUCUGUCGAUCAGGCUCUCAUCCAGAUGCGUUUCAGUCACAAGGCUAUUGCCGCGAAGGUACUAGACCUACUCCUCAAGGCUAAACAAGAAGCGAUCGAGCGUGGUUUCAAACCCGAUCGAUUAGUGAUCGCGGAAGCGUGGGUGACCAAGGGUUUUCAUACCUCCGAACUACAAGUAAGAGCUCGAGGACGACACGGAAAGAUCAGCCAUCCGACAGCCAAGUUCAAUGUCGUCUUACGCCAGUCAACCGAUGCCAACAAGCUAGCCCUCCAACGGAGACUGGCCUUGAAAGAGUCCAACCGCCGGCUCACUCAACGUGGUACGAUCGCUGGUAGCCCAAUCAGAGUCCCCGCCGAUGGUGUGCUGCCUUCAUCCGUUGCUCAUAGACCUUUCUGGGGAUGGUAAUCCCACUUCCACUUUCUUUGUCGUUCUUAAAUUAGAAUUAUACUCCUUUUUUGUACUCAAUUCAUAUUCCAUUUUGACUUUAUAAAGAUAAAUAUACCUAUUUUUUGUCUUUAUAUACAAGUAUAAAUAUCUAUCUCUUUGGUGAAAGAGCAAGUUUUUCUAAGCACAACAGGAAAGACGUGUAUUGGUC